AUGGGAAAUUAUAAUUGUAAUGAAUAUAUACGUGCAGGACCUUAUGUUAGUGUUUGGCAGAGAAAAGAAGAUCGUUACAUUGAAGAAGGAAAGUUGGAAAUAAGGACGUUGUCAUAUUUUGUAGGUUAUUCAUUAGCUGCUCAACUAAUCUCAGAGAUGACAUAUGGUAAAGAUGGUCUCGUCAAGCUUGUACGGUUCAAAGUCGAUGACUCAGUUUCAUUGGUUAUUGAUAGAGCUAAAAAUAAUCUUCUUAAUAAAAUUUAUACAAAUGACUUUGGAAAAUUUGACAUAAAUUUUGUUAACGAGACUAAGAAUAGUUUAGGAGAGGUUAUAAAAACAAAUGUUGCAUACGAUGGGUUUGAUAACGAGGGUAUUCUUCUUGUGGUGGAGCAGAAGAGAAAGAGUGGAUUUGAAAAGCCUUAUGUAGUGACUCUAGCACAUUACUAUGCUAUUAAUAGUUCAUUUUUGUUUGGUUGGAAAACUUAUGAUGCUGGGAUAUCAAUGGUUGUAAAUAUUAGAGUAUUUGAUAAUGACUUGGAUGUUAUUUGUGAAGGUUCUAGUGCUCACGCUUCUUGGGCAUUUCUUGAUAUGUUUCAACAUGUUUCGAGAACACGGUUUUGGAGGUGGAUGACAUGUCCUUAUUAUGCUGCUGAAACUGAUAGGAGGGAGCGCAGUGGUAUGAACAGCACACAAGUUAAGAAUGAGAUGGAAGCAAAGUUAGAGAAUGAUGAUGAAGAAGGAACCUCUUGUGAAAAGCCUAAGCAAAGAGGAAAUGUUCUUGCCAAUCAAGGUAUGAUCAAGGGGAGAAAUAAUGGUAAUUUAGUUGUGAAGAAUCUUUACCUUGGAAGACGCAACCAAUAA